ACAGAUUGAAGGUGCGGCAGAUGAACUCUUUUCCGGUUCAGACAAACAUUCAGAGGUACCUCUUGUUGGCAUCAUGGCAUCUUUAUGGGAUGAUUUGGACAAUCUGGUGAAUUCUCCGUCAUCGUUCACAGAAACAACUGGAGAGCGAGGAACCAUCAAACCAAAACCAGACUUUGAUGCAGGAGACGACGUGGAGGCUCUGAGGAAGGCCAUCGAAGGACUCGGCACCAAAGAGGAAACUCUGAUUGACAUUUUGACCCAUCGGAGCGGCGCUCAGAGGCAGCUCAUCUGUGACGCUUAUCAGGAAGCUACUGGAAGAACGCUGGUGGACGACCUGAAAGGAGACGUCAGCGGAGACUUGGAGGAGCUGCUGGUGGCGCUCGUCACGCCGCCUGCAGCGUUCGACUGUCAUGAAGUGAUGCGAGCCAUGAAAGGAGCCGGGACGUCAGACAGCGUCCUGAUAGAAAUCUUUGCCUCCAGAUCCAACCAGCAAAUCAAAGCUCUGACUGACGUCUAUCUGGAAGAAACAGAAAAGAAGUUGACUCUUGACCUGAAGUCAGAAGUUUCUGGAGAUUUUGCCAAAGCGCUGCUCCUCCUGGCCGAGGGUCAGAGGGAGGACAGCACCUCAGUGGACACAAAAAAAGCCAAAGAAGAGGCCAAGGUUCUUCAUGAUGCUGGAGAGAACAAAUGGGGAACCGAUGAGUCUAAAUUUAUCGAGAUCCUCUGCCAGAGAAGUAUACCUCAGCUACGACAAACUCUUGUUGAUUAUAAGACCCUCAGCGGGAAAACUCUGCAGCAGAGCAUCAAAGGAGAGAUGUCUGGGGAGCUGGAGGAGCUGCUGGUGGCCAUCGUGAAAUGUGUGAAAAGCGUCCCGGCGUACUUUGCAGAGUGCCUGUAUGACUGCAUGAAGGGCGGUGGAACAGACGAGUCCACUCUGAUCCGCAUCAUGGUGAGCCGCUCUGAGAUCGACCUGCUGGACAUCAGAGCCGAGUUCAAGAAACUCUACGAAUACUCGCUGCACUCGGCCAUCGAGUCGGAUCUGUCGGGCUGCCUCGGGGAAGGCGUGAAGGCCAUCUGUGGAGGAGACGACUAACUCGCACACCUGAGGUCCACCUAAGGU